CAAAUCCCAAAAUCAUCAUUAAAUACUUGUUAUAUUUAUAUAGUCAAUUAGUUUAACAACAAAAUGAGAUACGAAGGAAAAGAUGAAAAAUUAAAAGAUCAAUCAAAAUGUGCUGGUGUUCGUGCUGACUUGAAAAUUUGUCUCUUGGAAAGUGACUGCUGCAAAAUAGAUAAAAAAACACCAAAAGAAUGUAUGAGAAUAAACGAUCCUUCUAUAUCUGAGGAGUGCAAAGCAUUGAGAAAUGUACUUUUCGAAUGCAAAAGAUCUUUGCUCGAUGGGAGAAGGCGUUUUCGUGGUCCAAAAGGAUACUGAAAUAAUUUAUAAUAAUUAUUUAGGAAAUUAAAAAACAACGAAUUUGAAGAGUUUAUUUGGACGAAAAAAUAAUAACAUUGGAGCACGUGGUUUAUCAAAUAACCACGUGCACAACCAUCAUGUCAUCUUGCGCAUGUGUAAAGGGUAAAAAUAAAUAAU